GUUACAUCCAGGCCUGCAGAGGAUUGAUGAUCUCCGCUGUCUGCCUGGGCUUCUUCGGUGCCGUUUUUGGACUGGUUGGAAUGAAAUGUACAAAAGUUGGAGGCUCUGAUCAGACUAAAGCAAAAAUAGCUUGUUUAGCUGGACUGAUUUUCAUACUCUCUGGGCUGUGCUCUAUGACUAGUUGUUCCCUGUAUGCAAACAGGAUUACGUCUGAGUUCUUUGACCCUUCUUUUGUUGCACAAAAGUAUGAAUUAGGAGCAGCUUUGUUCAUUGGAUGGGCUGGAGCAUCACUCUGCAUAAUUGGUGGCAUUAUAUUCUGCUUCUCAAUAGCUGAAAACAGUAAUGCUGCAAGGAGGGGGUAUGCCUAUAAUGGAGCCACAUCUGUGAUGUCUUCUCGCACAAAGGUGCACAACAGCGUCCCUGACAAAAGCCCACCCAAGCACUUUGACAAGAACGCCUAUGUUUAGUUGCACUGUUUGAAGACUCAAAGUGUUUUUAAACGUGAUUUUGUAUGUUUCAUUCAGAGUGAUUCCCCCCACC